AAGCGAUGGAGAGGAGGGGAGAAGGGUUUGCGGAUGAAGAAACAUGAGAAGAAGUUGAAUUACGACGAACGAAUUCGAUGGAAACUCAGCUAAUUUAAAUCGACCUGGAGCAGAAGAAAGUUAAACAUUUUUAAAAGCAGUUUUCAUCCAUCCCCCUGAAACAGCGCGCCUGGGGCUGGGGUCAGACGCAGCGGUCCCAGCGCAGCGGAUACUAACGUGCAGCUGAAAGUUAUAGGUUGUUGCUAAAACCAGUGAUUCCGGGAAGCUUUAUGAGGAGAAAGGGAAAUGCGAUGCGAGCUGGCAGUUAGACUUUAGGCGGAUCCGCAGGCGAGCGCGUCGCGCCGAUCAGACUCCGCCGCCGCAGAAGUUGGCUGAGUUUUCGCUGCGGAGUCACCCUCCCGUCCCGCUGUCGGGAUGGGGGCCGCGCCGGGUUGGGAGGAGGGCGAACUGCAGUUUAAGCUGGUGUUCGAGGAGGACCCGCCGCCCCCAGCGCGGGGCCCGAGGGAGCAGAGCCCCGCAGACAGGACGGACAGCGCCCGGCACCCGGACCCGAACCGAAGCAGCGAUGGCUGUCAGGGUGCUGCUCACACUGCUCAGCCAAUCAGCAUCCCCACCGGACCGCCGCCAGCCAAUCACAGAGCAGGGAUGCACUCGCCGCCCCCCCGGCGGGCGGUGGGGAGGGAGUGCAGCGGGACGUACGAGAGCCUGCCGGCGCGCUCCGUGCAGGUGUCAGAGUCCCGCAUCCUGGAGUGCCCGAGCAUCCAGAUCACCACCAUCUCCCCCGAGGAGGAGUGCGGCCCGGCGGGCGGCGGCUGCUGGGACGGGAGCGGCUGGGACAGGGAUCGGCUCUACCUGCCCCUGCUGGACCCCUUCUGCUACCGGGAGGGGCUGACAGGGGGCGGGUCCCUCAGCGCCAGCCCCGCCUCCAGCCCCUCCUCCCGAGGCUGGCUGAGCCCCGCCUCCAGCUGUGACUCGCUCCUGGUGGAGGAGGAGGACCUGAGUGAAGCCACCGCCCAGUUCUGCCUGUCCCCCUCCUCCCGGCCCACCUCCCCCGGGGGCAAGAAGCGCAGGAACUCCCCGCUGCCCUCCCCCAGCACCUCCCGGCGGGGCAGUUACUCUGAGGAGUACCCCUGCCCCCUGGACAGCGGAGACUCCGCCCUCAGUAACCAGGCCCCGCCCAGCGGCCUGGAUCUCAACAUUCCACAGAAGACCAGGAAGACGUCGCUGGAGCAGGUGUCCCCGCGGGAGGCGGAGCUGGAGCAGGCCCCGCCCCCAGGCUCACCCUGCGGCCUAUCAGACACGCUGCAGCCCCGGAGAGACGUGGGGAUGGACUACCUGUCUGUGCCCCCCCCUCUGGCCUGGGGGAGGAGCCGCGCCAGCGCACACAGCCCGCUGUUCCGAUCUACUGCUCUGCCACCUCUUGAUUGGCCGCUGCCAUCCCAGUUUGACCAAUACGAGCUGCGGCUGGAGGUGCAGCCCCGCCCACAUCAUCGUGCUCACUAUGAAACGGAGGGAAGCCGGGGGGCGGUCAAAGCCGCGCCUAGCGGCCAUCCGGUCGUCAAGCUCCUGGGUUACUCGGAGAGGCAGCCCCUCUCUCUGCAGGUGUUUGUGGGAACAGCUGAUGACCGAUCCAUCCGGCCUCAUCCCUUCUACCAGAUACACAGGGUGACAGGGAAGAUGGUUGGCACUGCCAGUCAGGAGAGUGUCCAGGCUGGGACCAAACUGCUGGACAUUCCACUCAACCCCGAGAACAACAUGACCGCACUCAUUGACUGCGCAGGCAUUCUGAAGCUGCGUAACUCGGACAUCGAGCUGCGUAAGGGAGAGACAGACGUGGGGCGUAAGAACACGCGUGUGCGCCUGGUGUUCCGCACACACAUCCCGCUGGCCCCGCCCCUGGCCCCGCCCCUGGCCACGCCCGGCCGCGUGCUCGCCCUGCAGGUGGCCUCUCUGCCCAUCGAGUGCUCUCAGCGCUCUGCUCAGGAGUUGCCGGUGGUCGAGUCAAUCAGCCUAUCAGCCUGCUCCGUGGAAGGGGGGGAGGAGCUUCUGCUGGGCGGAGCCAAUUUUCUGCCCACGUCCCGAGUGCUGUUCAUGGAGAGAGGGACAGAUGGAAAGCUGCAGUGGGAAGAAGAGGCUUAUGUGGACCGAGAGAAAAGCAGUGAGUGCUUGCUGUGCGUGCGGGUCCCAGCGUACAGCGAUGUGUCUGUUAGUCGGCCGGUCUCCGUCUGUCUCUACGUCUCCAACGCGAAGAGGAAGCGGAGCAGCACUCACUGCUUCAAGUACCUGCCAGCCAUGUUUAAACAGGAGGACCCUCUCACCCUGUGCCGCCCCCCCAUGUCGCCCCUGUGUGCGGGGGGAGACUCUGAGGAGGGAGGGCUGAGAGUGAGACAGGCCUUCCCCCAGCCCUCGUACCCCCCCGACCCCCCGCACAGCUGCCCCGCCCAGGGCUACCAGGAGGACUACUGCCCAAAGGGGGAGGGGCUGGAGGAGGGAGUGGAGAGGGGGGCGCUGUCUGAGAAGCACCCCAGUUUCGAGAGCCUAGAGCUGGGCUUCACAGAGCUGCUGCCCCCCCUGUAUCCCCGAAACCCGCAGCCCCCCUCCCCCUGCCCGUGGCUGGACUCCCCGUACCUCUCCUCCUCCCCCUCCCCCUCCGGCGCCUCCCUUAGCCCCUUCCCGGCAGGCAGUCCCAUGGCCUCCUCGCCCCUGCCCCCCCAACCCCACUGCCCUUACCCACAAUCCCCCUACCCCCAGGACAUCUGCCCCUCCCCACCCCACCACCCCGCUCCCUACCACGACUUCUAUCCCACAUCUUACCCCCAGUAUGAGGGCUGGGAGCCCCAGGGUGGGGGCUCUGGAGAAAGGUGUACCCCAGGAUUGGGACCUUCGGCUGGGGUGAAGAUGCAAGAAAGUCCCCUGGAUUUUGCAGGCCCGUCUCCCAUACACCACAUCACUCUGGAGGAAGUGAAUGAGUUCAUUGGAGAGGACAUGUCUUUCGGUCAGCCCCACAGCAGGCCGUGAGCAGGAGUGAGCGGGGUGCGUCUGAAGGAGGCUGCGUUUGCUGUGCUGCAGGGCGGGGCACUGGGGCGGGCAGCAGUACAAGUAGGCACUGCCCCUGGGAGG